AGAGAUGACCAACAUAACAACACUUGGGGUUCGCAAUUUCUACAUGAAAAACAAACAUUUAUGUAAAAUAAGUGGUUAUAUCGUUACAUAUUACUUGUUUAUGUAUUACAAGCUAUAUUUAUUGCUGUUAUACGCUCAAUAAACCGGUUAUUCAUACUGCUGAGUUUAAGGAUGUUGGUGAGAUCUCCUGCGUUUAUCAUCUCUGUGAGAGUCUUGGGCAAUCAUGGCGGCGAUGACACCAGCGCGGAGUUCUCUGAGAAUACUGAGACGGCUGCCCCGGGUUGUAUUCCAUCGCCUCCAGCAGUGUCCUAGGCUCCAGGCCCUUGGACCAGCACCUGUUGUUCACAUCUCCACACCCCUCACUUCAAUUCACUGGAGAGGCUUCAGAUCCAGCCAUGUGGCCUCUGGACAGGUGCUGCAGUUCAAACUCUCAGAUAUUGGAGAGGGCAUAAUGGAAGUGACAGUAAAAGAGUGGUAUGUCAAGAAAGGGGACAGGGUCUCCCAGUUUGACAGCAUUUGUGAGGUCCAGAGUGACAAAGCGUCCGUCACCAUCACGAGCCGCUAUGAUGGCGUCAUCCGUAAGCUGUACUAUGACGUAGAUGCUAUCGCACAUGUUGGUUCACCUCUUGUGGACAUCGAAACGGACAAAGCACUGGAGGACGCCCCAGAGGAAGAUGUGGUAGAGACUCCAGCAAUAUCCCAUAAGCAACCACAUCGAGAAAUCAAGGACCAAAAAACCCAGGCGACACCAGCAGUACGCCGUCUGGCCAUUGAGAACAAUAUUAAACUAAGUGAGGUGGUCGGGACAGGGAAAGAUGGCCGUAUUUUGAAAGAGGACAUUAUCAGUUUCUUAGCCAAGCAGACAGGAGCCAUCCUCCCUUAUGAGGUUGAGAAAACCCCAACACCCGUGAUUUCCACUGCAGAGACCCCUUCCAAAGAGAAGACGCCCAUCAUGGCACCUCCGGCGAUCCCGCUACCCAUCUUCUCUGGCAAAGACAGGACAGAGCCUCUGAACAGUUUCCAGAAGGCUAUGGUAAAGACCAUGACUGCUGCUCUGAAAAUUCCUCACUUCGGUUACUGUGACGAGGUCGACCUGACGCAGCUAGUGCGGUUACGCUCGGAGCUGAAGGACCUGGCGAAGUCUCGGGGUGUCAAACUCAGCUACAUGCCUUUCUUCAUCAAGGCUGCAUCACUUGGGCUCUUGCAGUUUCCUGUUCUCAAUGCCUCUGUGGAUGAAGGCUGCCAGAACAUCACAUUCAAGGCAUCUCAUAACAUCGGCCUGGCGAUGGACACUCCUCAGGGCCUCCUGGUGCCCAAUGUGAAGAGCGUUCAGGCCCUCAGUGUUUUUGACAUAGCUGUGGAGCUCAACCGUCUGCAGGCUCUGGGUUCAGCUGGACAGCUGGGCACUGCUGACCUCACUGGAGGAACUUUCACCCUUUCCAACAUUGGCUCGAUUGGAGGAACGUAUGCCAAGCCAGUGAUUCUGCCCAGGGAGGUGGCCAUCGGAGCUUUGGGAAAGAGCCAGGUGCUGCCUAGGUUUAACUCUUGUGAUGAGAUAGUAAAGGCGUACAUCAUGAAUGUCAGCUGGUCCGCCGAUCAUCGCGUCAUAGACGGGGCCACUAUGUCCCGCUUCUCCAACCUGUGGCGGUCUUACCUGGAGAACCCAGCUUCCAUGGUCCUGGAUCUCAAAUGAACACUGCUCUGGAAAUGAGAUUUCUAUUGUCCAUUACUCCCUGGAGUGUCUUUAGGUUACUAAUAGCUGCAAAACAGUGUGCCGUGACUCACGUGAACACAAAUUUCUGCUUUCACAUGCAUUUGUGGGGGCAAAAAAUUCUUUUCUCUACUAGCCUUAAUUCAGAUUAAAGCCUGUUACUUCAACUUUACAUCAAAAAACACUUUUUGAGGAGCAGGUGCUGUGCAUUUCAAUUUUUUUUUUGUUGUCUUCUAUGCAUUAUGCUUGGUUAGAAAAGAACUGAAUUUGUUUGCACAAGUUAGACACCUAAAAUCAUCUCUAAGUUUUCCUAUUGCACAAAGCUUGUGUGUGGGAGACAGAGGCUGAUACUGACUGGUUCUUGGACAAGCAUCUAGACUGUAAGAUCUCAUUGUUUGCUGACUUUCUCUGAGACUUCAUUCACACAAGCCUCUGUAGAGUGGACAGACAGCCACUUCAUCUAAAACCACUUGUGUGCCAAUGUGACUGGAUGUCAGUGUGAAGAAAGGACCAUCAUUUAACUGUUAAAAGAACAAAUGGACCACGCAUGGACAGAUUACUAAAAUGUGAUGAGAAUAAAGUUGUUUUUUUGGCGA